GGCUUUCCCCUUUCGCUGCUGACGACGCGAGUGGACGCAAGACGCUAACAACGCUGUCGUAUGCCAUCGUAUUUCAGUUCGGUCAGCGACGUACUGCUCGCAGUAUCGGAACGUUUGGUGUAUUCUUUCUUCCGCUUUUAUUAUCUUUUUCUUCCACUCUCGUAUCUCGUGGUGCAGUGUACUUAUAUGCAUGCUGUUACAGGCAGCCGGGUACGAGUACAUUCUGUGUCGCAUGUGUAUGUGUACGCGCGUAUAUGUGCGUCUCUGUUUCCUUCGUCUUUUUCAUACAUGCACUCACGUACACGAACUAUUCCCUUCUAUUAUAUCGUUCUCUCUUCAUCGAGAAAUCAAAAUAUCACGCGUAUACCGACAGAAAAUGUGCAAGAUUAGUGGUACAUAGAAGAGAAAAAGAAGAUAAAAGUAAUCGAAAGAAAAGAAGAAAAAAAACGACGUUCAUCGAGCAAUUUUAAGCAAACGCUAUUUUGACAGCACACAGAAGCAGAAACAGGGCAACAGCUCAGACGGUUUCCCAGCGUCUUUCCCUUUCUCGUCCUGCCGGUCGAAGCUUCCUCGUCGUUUCUUCUGUCCCUCUUUUUCUUCCGAACAUUUACGAGCGAGAGAAAAGAUCAAUUGCUUCCAGCACCCUUUUUCAACAUUCUUAACAAGCAGAAAAUCAUUUUAUACGCAUUGGUCUUUGGCAGGCAGGAAAUAGAAUCAGCAACGACAACGACAACGAAGACUUCAAAGUUACGAGGAACCAAUAGGAAGAUGUCUCGUGUUCAUUACAGUUUGCUCUGGAUCGUUAAUGUCUACCAUAAAGCUUGAUUCUUUCGCAUAUUUGAGAGAAAGCGUUGCCCGAUGUAAGAAGGAUAAAUGCUUUGCAGAUUGAGUAUUAUAGCAGAAGAGCAAAUUCCAUAAUCAUGUUCUUUGUCUACUUUUAAAUAAUGAAGAAUUUGGAAAAAUUACAAUACCUACAGAUAAAUUUUGCAUAACUCACCGAGCAAUUAUCUCUACUUUUUAAGAUGAAACUUGGCUGUCGGCAACCAUUUAUGAAUGGAUCUUGAAGAUUUAGAAAGAUGGUGGAAGAAUCCAGGGAUCGCCGUUUGGAGUUUCGUGCUCUUUGGCUGUUUUCUUCUCAACGUGAUCCUCUUCCUCAUCUUUCUCAUAAGACCCGGAUUGCGGACGAUUUCGAACAGAUUCGUGAUGAAUUUGACCGUCUCGAACCUGCUAAUCUGUGCGCUACUGAAUCCUCUCUUAAUCAUGGAUGCCUCACCAACGACUAAAUCCGACUCGUCACCGUUAUCAGCGGAAAAUAUCUGCGCGGUAUCAGAAGGUGCGACGGCCCUCAUGACAACUUCCUCGGUGUUAUCGGUCUUCCUUAUAGCCAUAGAUCAAUACUUCGCCGUGGUGGAUCCUUUGAGAUAUCGCGCAAAGGUCGACAAACUGAAAUCUGGGAUCUUAAUAAUCUCAGUUUGGCUCAUCUCCUCGAUAUUUGCCCUUUUGGCCUUCUUAAAUCCAAAUCCUCGUAGCCUUUGGCUAUCUUGUAAUCUACAGUCUAUAUCAGCUACUUAUCUAUCUCGAAACUCGUCCAUAAAUUUACAGAGCAAUUCGAGCUUUGGCAUCAUCAAAAAUAAGACUGUCGAUAUAGAAACAAAAUGGAUCGAAUUCGUCGAGAAUGCUCCAAACGAAAAUUCGAUGACCUAUGGUACGAUUUACACGAUGGUGCACAGUUUAUUCGCCUACCUCUUACCGUUUGCCUGUGUCUGUUGGAUAUACGUAAAAAUCUAUUCUGCGGCGCAUAGGAAUUCGGAAAGAACAAGAAGAACUGGUUCCAGACCAAUACUUUCGUCGGCAAGUUUUUGCGAGGAUCAAAAAUCGCAGCAACAACAGAACCAACAAGUAGAUAGUUUCGUGGAGGACUGUAGAAGAAUACCUAAAAUUUCGAGUCUCUCGUCGAUUGACGAAACUAGCGAGACGACUCAACCGGCGGGAAGCCAAGUACUUCGCGGACGUUCUUUUUCUUCAGCUUUAGAAAUUCACUUGACUAAUCUUCCUUCCACCAACGAGGUUUCUUCGUCUACCACUGUUGUAUUUACCGUAGGACCCGAUACUGACGAGUGCUCGUCGUAUCAUGAGGAAAAUGAAAAAAACGAAUCCAACAAAUCAGAUCUUCCUAUCUCGACGAGGAAGGCUGACUUUAUGGAAAAGGACGAAAUAAAUAUCCAGCUGUUUCCGGAUCCUACCAAGUAUGAUCUCGUUAAGAAUCGGUUUCUGGAUCGAUCUGAUCAUAGAAGGAAAUUGUCACAUAAUCUUAUGUACGAUCAGAUGUUGGUGCAAGAAAGUACGAGAGAUUCUUGGCUCAAUAAUGACGCUGUAGCUGAUGUAAGAAAUUCGGAUACGGAAGAAGAUAUUCCUUCUGAACGUUUUCGCCCCACAAUCGAAGACGAUGUGUGUCGUCAACAAAAACCCAUAUAUCUUUCACCAUAUUCGGCCUACGAAACUGCCUUAAAUCGUAAUGAAGAAAAGGAUGGCAUAGAAGUAGAUGGUAUAUAUACUACUCAAGGUUUGAGAUUUAAUGACACUUUCGUUCAAACCAAAGAUCAUGGAAAUGUCGAAGAGUCUGAUAAAAACGAAUUCGAACGGUCAAAAAAUAAAAAACAUUACGAUGGAUUAACCUCAGAUUUUGAAAUAACCGAGGUAAUUGUCGAUAACUGCGAUGUCUUCAAUGUAGAAAAUACUGGAAAAUCCACGGAAAUAGUGUUGAACGGUACUAACACUGAAACAUCCGCUUGCCUCUUGACACCUAUUGUAACGAUCACGCCAGCUCCUAAUAAAAGUACUUUGCAUCGAGUUGCCAGUGUCAGGAGUACUUCUAGUUACAUAAAUUCUCUUAAGUACAGGAUCAGUAAUGGUUCGUUAUUCAGAUAUCGAGAGGAGACUAGAGCUGCUAGGAUAAGCGCUUUAGUCAUUGUGAUGGGCUUGAUAUGUUGGUCCCCAUAUGAGAUACUAUUGCUUCUGAAGAAUUUUCCGCCUUAUAACGAUCGACGAAUCGCUCACGAGUAUGAUGUGAUGGCACUGUGUUUUCUUGUUCUGGCUGCUUAUGUGAGUCCGUUGCUUUUCGGGUAUCGUUCGAAAAGAGUUAAAAGAGAGCUGAGGAAGUUCUUUUGUUUCAAAAAAGAGUUAUCCUACAAAAAUAACAGAAGCCUUAUGGCGAAAAAGGUUUUAAAGAGACGUCAUAGUAACACGUUCAGCCAAAUGGAGCAGGAGAAUCGCUACAAUAUCUUCAAUUGUGUCUAUGGUAGAAAUCGUUGGCCUAAGGAAAAAGUGCAAUUCGUUCAGGUGUCAGAUACCGCUUUAGCGGUGGAAACCUGCAGAAGUAGCUUUUCAAGUGGUGCGAGUACACAAAUUUCGAGCACAUCCACGGACGAUUGUUGAUAAGACGUUAUUGUAGAUUAAUUCGGUCAUUCGAUCUACAGUGUUCCUUGGGAAACUCGCUAAUGAAUUAAUUUUCGUGCAAUCGAUGAAUUUCAAUUUUCUUUUUAAAUAUACAAAGGACUGUCGAAGAAAGUGUAAAUAUACGAAUCGUCGUCAAACGCAUUGGAGGUAGUUUAUAAUCCAUAGGAGGUAACUUUGUUUUCGAACGUUUAUACAAAAUAAGUCAUUCAAAUUGAAAUUCUCAAUAUUUGCCUUAUUUAUAAAUAUACAAAAAAGAAUAUAAGGAAAAAUAGAAAUUAUUUUUUCUUAUCGUUAUACUUGUUGCUCAAUAAACAACAAAUAUAUUGUGGAGAUUCAAUUUAAAUGACAUUUUAUAUAUGUGUGUAUAUAUUUACUCAUUCGGUGGAUGUAUUUAUUAUUCAUUUUUAUAUCCAUCCUCUUCCAUAUAUCUCAAACUAAAAUUUAAUAAGUAAAAGUGGAUGAUCAUAUGACUUAUGGUAUAUUUGUAUGUAUGCGGUCUGGUAUAUAUGAUGUAUUCAUCUUGGUCAAAACGAUAAGAGAAGAUAAGACGAAAAAAAUGUUCAAAUCGAAAGUAUUCCGCGUAACGACAACAGUCUUACCGCUAGUAUUACAAUCUUUUUCUGGAGAUAGCUGUAAUCAUGAUUGUAAUUGUACUUUAGAAUGAGCAUGGCUUCUUUCUUUACACUUUACGCUUAUUCGCGAAUGUUCAUAUCGACAUUUAUGCGAUUUACUCUCUAAUAUAUUUUAUUAUAACUAUUUAAUAUUAUAGAUACAUAUGUUCUAUGUUCACCUUUCAGUAUACUUCUUUUAACUAGUUAUAUACAUCUGCAAGCAUAUAUUCAUCCACGAGAAAAUAUGAGAAGAUAUUUUUUACAAAAAUAUGCAUGUUCGCCUACUUCCGCUCAGUUUUAUUAUGUAAAUAUGUAUGUACACAAUCAGCAUUUCAUGACAAAUUACGAAUUUACGCCUUGGUUUAAUGGGUCGAGGAUUUAAACUAUAUUAUGAAUAUAUUAUUAUUUUGUACAUUACAAGUAUAGCUCUUUUAUUUAUAUUAAAUAAUCGCUGUAAAUAAUAUUACGAUCAAAUUCGCAACUACUUCGUUUCAAUCUUAAUCGUUUCGGUAAUUUAGUAACGCGUUAUAUAAUAGUUUGUUGAUUAUUGAGAUCAUUGCCUCUUCAAUUUUUUAAGAUGUAAUUCCAUUAAUUGUGUACUUCGUUAAUGUUUACUUCAUAUCUUUUCGUUUUUAUAUGGCCCGAAAUUCGAUUUUCGGACGUUGUCGUCAUCAUCUUAACAAUGUGAUAAUAAAAUAACAAUAAUAAUAAUGAUAAUAUAUCGAAAAUCUAUUGACGUUCGAUGUGAAACUAAUUUAUGUGACUUUGUCAAUAAAAAAAAUGAAAAGAG